AUGGCUGAGGAGCUGAAGAAGGAGGAGGACACCAGCGCUCACCUGGAGAGGAUGAAGAAGAACCUGGAGGUAACAGUCAAGGACCUGCAGGUUCGUGUGGGAAGUAAGUUAAUGAUUGAUUAAUUAUUGAUAACAGGCGCUAACAUUCGAAAGGGGAUAGCUAUACAGUAUACAUGUAUGUACAUAAUGAGCUGAAUUCUAAUCAAAGUAUUGAUUCAUAAAUCAAGGUGCGUGAACUGGAGUCUGAGUUCGAGACUGAACAGAGACGUGGAGUAGAUACUAUUAAAGGUGUCCGCAAAUAUGAGAGGAGAGUGAAGGAGCUCACCUACCAGGUAAGUUAAUUGUCUGUAUUGAACAAAUGGCUAGAAAAUGAUCCGACUAUCUCAGCAUCUAAAUAAAAAUCAAUGUCACACCUCCCUCAGACUGAGGAGGACAAGAAGAAUGUUAACAGGCUGUAGGAUUUGGCGGAAAAGCUGCAGUUGAAGGUUAAGGCCUACAAGCGGUAAGUCAGUUAAAUGCAAAUUCAUCUUAAAUUAUUCUACAAAACAUGGUAAACCUGAACUGUACCACCAUUAGCCUUCUAAUUGCAACUAUUUCCUAUUGUCCUUUCAGGAAGAACAAGCCAACACUCACCUGGCCAAGUUCAGGAAGGUGCCAGCAUGGACUGGAGGAAGCUGAGGAGUGUGCUGACAUUACUGAGUCCCAGGUCAACAAGCUGAGAGCCAAGAGCUGUGACUCUGGAAAG